GCUGUCGUGCGGUGGGCGGGGCCUCUUGCGUGCGCGCGGCGUACAUGUCCGUCAGCCUCCCUUCAGCGCGCACCUCUCCGCCGCGAGGAGGUUCUGUUUCUGACCUUCCAGAGUCUGUCGUGUGCCGCCGGUGGAGUUUUCUCGAAUGCUGGUGGCCGCGCCCUUCUCCAGUCUGGGGCUGCUGGUAGGAGCCGGCGUCCCUGACUCUGCCGCGCCGGCCGCCCCCUGCGCCUCCGGGCCAGAGGUUCCCCGACUUCAUCCGUCUCUUCAGAAAGCGUGCGUCUCGGUGUCGGUGCGAACUGUUAUUAUUUCCUGCCUUUUGUCUUUUUUCCCAUUUAAUUUGUGUUUUUCUAACUUUUUGAGGUGACACGGAGUUCUGGAACUUUCUUUCGCUCAAACCUAGGCAUUUCGGGCCGUAAGCGUGUCUCAGCUCGAAUUCGGCCGCAUCCUCCAGAAUGUGACCCGUAGUUUUGUUUGGCUUCUCGCUGCCUUUGUGGGUGUUGCUUCGAGUCCUGGGGCUUACUUGUCUGCAGGAGCAGUGGUUGCCUUCCGGGUGUUGCCGGCCUUGGUGCCGGGGUCGGGGAACCGGGGCACUGGCGGCUCGGGACGGCCCUCGUGGUUCCGCCCGAGCGCGGUGUGAGCGGGGUUCCUCGUCCGGGCGGUGAGGACCCCGCGCCCGGAGCCUGAAGGAAGCCCUGCCGAGUCCUGGCCGUGCGCUCGGCGCUGGGGACACCCAUGAGCACGGAAGGGCGCCAGGGCCCCCCGCGGGUGCGCGGGGUGUGCACCGCAUGCUGCCUGCCGGGGGGCGCCACGGACGGGCUUCUAGAGCGAGGGUGACGCGCAGCAGGAGUUUCCGCUUCCUAGGACUGUUCCCCGUGUGUCCGCCAGCCUGGAUUCGGGACUCUCCACCCCAGCUUUUCAGUGCGACCACCUGGAUGCCCAGCAGAGCCUUCGGUCUCAUGGCGACAAGGACGCUGCGGACCCUCCCUCCGCACCUGCUUCUCCCAGUCUUGUGCACAUCAGGUGGGACAGCUGCACCUGCCCUGCUCAGACUGAAGCCUUCCGCCCCCCUAAACUACUGACCCUCUCGCCCCACGUCUUGCUGACUGCAGAUCGUGUUGGCUUUUCAAGCUCUCCCCAAAACCUGGCCACUCCUCGAAACCGCCUCUGUGCCCCACCUCAGUCCCGGCCAGCACCUGCUCUCUUGUGGCCUGUUGUCCACCCAGCAGCCGCUUGCUCCUCCACGCAGAACCUUCCGGCACGUCCAUCUCAGAGUCCAAGCCAAGGUUGUCUCCAUGCCCACAGGUGCCUCCUAUCUGGAUGCUUCACCUCAUAUGAUUGCUUUGUCCAUCGUCCUCCAGCCUGGUCACCUCAGGACCUUUGCAUCCGUGGCACCCUUGCUCCAGCUCUCUGCGAGACUCCCCUCUUUGCCUUCUGCAUGUCUUUGCUCAGAUGCCUCCUCAGUGAGGCCUGCCCUGACUCCCCCAAGCAGCAACCCCCAUUCCUUCCCUCCCCCGCCAUAAAGCACACUACUUAUCUUGUGUGCUUCUGUCCGGCCAUUAGAAUGUAAACUCCAGGCGGGAGGGACUGUGGACUGCUCUGUUCCUUCUGUAAGCAUUCAUUGAAGGACAAGGGAAACGUUGAAACAUGAGUAGGAUCUGAGGAGGCAGGAAAAGGAGGAAAGACGUUUUAGGAACAGUAGUGUAUGUGAAGAUACCGUGGAAACACAGGAUUUGUUCUGAACGUUGGUAUUGCCAAUGGAAACGAAGCAUUUCUCAAGUGACUAGGACUCCAGGGCCUUGAGGAGUUUGCUCCACAAUUUCUGAUUCAAGGCAGCUUGCAUUUCUUAGGAGUAGAACAACCUUGGAAAGGCACAGAAAUGGUGAAAUUUGCUUGACGUUUUCUUCAAACAAGAAGAAACACCAAGGGUUCAAUCUCACCGCACCAAUUCCUACUAAUUCAGUUAUCAUUUAAAAGGGAGUCCGUAAAGAAGUUUGGGAGGUUUUUCAAUCGGUUCAAAAUCCCUUCUUAACUUCCCGGGUUAUAGUUUGUGAAAACUCUAUUCUUUGCUUGGUGGAAAAGCUAAGACAACAGAGCAUCCCAUUAUUCAAAACCAAUGCCUUUGCUCAAGCUUUAUGUGGAUUUGCAGUUUGAGGAGCUGGUUUUUCAGAAUGCUUUGAUUCGAGCUACUUUAUGGCUCCCAUGUCAACAAAGAAACUGUCGCUGUAACUGUCAGGGCGCCAGUGUCUCUGGGCGAAGCAUACUCUCGUCCUUUUUCUUCAGCAGAAAUAAAAGGCACAGCAGGACUGCUAGGGCUGCCCACGGGAACCAAUGAGUCAGAAUUCCAAGCAGUUCAAGGGCCACGCCAGCCAUGUUAAACGUGCAAAUGUGCAUGUGACCUCGUGAAGAAGGUCUUCCUCUAUGAUCUCAGAGCAUCGAUGGAAGAAAGCUGCUUUGAAGGGUGUAUGACAAGGUGUUUGGAUAGUAAGGUGUUUCAGAAACGGACACCCAGCACUCCACCCUGCCCGGACUGGGUGCUUCUGGUUGUGCUACUCUUAGGUACACUUCUUUCCUGUGAGAUGCCUGCCAUGGCACCUGUGUGUGACCCAGCUGCCAUCAGUGGAACUGAGGGACCCCUUAAUUUUUGGCAGAGUUGAGACGGCACGGAGCAGUGCUCUGAGCCAGCAGUUACACAACCACCGCGGAACUUUCCAGGGUCACUCUCUUCAUCUCAUUGAAAUUCAGGAAGCGGCACUCCUUCCCCUGGCUUAAGUGCAGUUUUGCUGGGCUUUUGUUCCAUUUGUGAAUAGUUCUUGCUGGAAGCCCUGGGCAGGAUGACUUGGUAAAGGCCCCUCACCCAGAGACCAGCACUCCCAACACCAGAAACCACCGGAGCGGCAGCAGAGGUGACUCCAGAGCUCCAAGUGCAUCUGUUGUGUGGCUUCUGUCCCCUGAGCACCAUGGCACGGGAUGAGCAGUGCAGGGAGGAGCUCAGUUAUGACCGGAUGCCCACCCUGGAUCGGGGAAGGCCGGAGGCCAGGAGCUACACCUCAGACGCCAAGCCCAACGACCUUCAGCUGUCGACAAGGCUGCCUCCAUGCUUCAGUCACAAGACAUGGGUUCUCUCUGUGUUGAUGGGGAGCUGUCUGCUUGUGACUUCGGGGUUUUCGCUUUAUCUGGGAAAUGUGUUUCCUUCCGAAAUGGAUUACUUACGUUGUGCUGCAGGAUCGUGUCUUCCCUCAGCAAUUGUGAGCUUUGCCGUUUCAAGGAGAAACAUCAAUGCGAUCCCCAACUUUCAGAUCCUGUUUGUGUCCACGUUUGCCAUCACCACUACAUGUUUAAUCUGGUUUGGAUGCAAACUGGUUGUGAACCCCUCAGCAAUAGACAUAAAUUUUAAUCUGAUUCUUCUCCUUCUGUUGGAGCUUUUCAUGGCAGCCACGGUGAUCAUCUCGGCACGGUCGAGCGAGGCGUAUUGUAAGCAGAAGGGUUCCAUGUCAGAUAGCACCAACAUUUUGUAUGAAGUGGCAUUUCCUGCUCGGGUCCUGAAAUCCUAUUCAGUCAUCGAGGUGAUUGCUGGCGUCUCUGCCGUCCUGGGUGGGGUCAUCGCUCUGAACGUGGAUGAUGCUGUCUCGGGACCACACCUCUCCGUGACGUUCUUUUGGAUCUUAGUGGCCUGUUUUCCGAGCGCCAUUGCCAGUCACGUCACAGCUGAGUGUCCAAGCAAGUGUCUGGUGGAGGUGCUGAUUGCCAUCUGCAGCCUCACGUCCCCGCUGCUGUUCACUGCCUCUGGGUACCUGUCGUUCAGCAUCAUGAGAAUUCUGGAGAUCUUCAAAGACUACCCGCCAGCCAUCAAGCACUUCAUUGUCUCCACAGGCUCAGACACACGUCACUAGGCUGGUUUCCUAGAUGCCUUACGUUGUCACCAGCAUGCGUGGUAUUUGCUUCCAGGUGUUUUUCGUGGGCCAUUUCCAAUGUACAGAAAAGUUGAAAGAACACCACAGUAAACACCAAGAUUCUAAGUGCUUUAUGUGUUGUGUGUACAUGUGUGUUCAUACUGAUGGGUGGGACCAUUUCUCGGGAGCAUCUGAAAGUGAGUGGCGGGUGUGGGACAGCAGGACCCUUUACCUUAAAUACUUUAACUUUUCUAGAAGGACUGCCUCUUACACACGCGCAAUCCCACCAAGGCAUGUGAGAGGCCCAAAAUCAUGCAAUGUCACGUUCAGUGUUCACAGACCGUCCCAAGAACGUGCCUCAUAGGCUGAAGCUCGCAGAGCAGGACCCGCUGAGGGGCACAACUUGCCGUCGAGUCUCCCUCGAGUCCGGACAGUCCCCACCUUUUCCCCUGUGGCCCUGAUACUUUGGAGUCCUGGCCAGUGGUCUGGGAGAAGGUCCCACUUGUGGAUCUGUUUCCUGUGACACCAGUGGGAGUGAGGUCAAGAGCACGUGCUGUCACCCCCCGCCUGGUUGGGCGGCAGCCGCCAGAGUGUUCUUGGUGGUGGCGGUGGGUGGGGCUUUCACAGGAGGGAGACAGCCAUUGUGUCAGCCAGACACCUGCGGGUGCCUUGUCCCGACACCUUGUGCGGGGCCGGCCCUGGCGGCCGGCCCCGGCCUGAGCGCUUGUGUCACACCUAGGGGUGAAGAGAGGUGAUAGACGCCCAGCUCUCCUGUCCCUCUUCCCUUCCGAGCACCGCCAGGGACUCACAGGUUUUUGUUAUCUGCACAGUGCUGCUGUCAUUAUUCUCUGAUGCUCAUGUUGGCCCAGCUGUGGCCGGAGGGAGCACCUUGCAGCCCGGUGCUCCCUGCAGUAACCCAUCAGCCUCUCCUUGCAGACGUGGGGGGUGACCCAGGCUCACCUCAUCCCGCCUCGCCCCAGACCCACGCAGGCCCCUCAGAGGGAGGCGUACAUAGACAUCAAGAUCUGAGGGCUGCGUGUGCUCAUUCAUACGGGGGCAUCAUUGCUUCUCAGCCUCCGUCAAGAUCCUGAAUUUAUAUUGUAUUUCCAGUUCAGAAUUACACGCUGGAUUUUUUUUUGUUGUUGUUAACUUCUGUUGUUUUGUGUUAGUAUUCUUUUUACUCCAAAAUCUUGUUUCCUGAUAAUAUUGAGGGUAGGUAUUAUUUUAUCUUGUAUGUGAAAAUUGUCACAAUUGCACCACCAAUGUUACCACCAGCAGCACACCUGCCGAGUGAGUUUACAGCUCGCUUUCACCCCACUCAGGAGAGAAAUAGCCCCCUUUCUGCGUGUGUUUGUAGUAUUGAUUUGAUACGUGGUCGACUUCAAUAUUUUCUGUUUGCGUUCUUCACAUCGAGGACAGGAGCUUUUCUGUGUCCUUUAAUUAUACACGCACAUUGUGACGCCACACAGUUUUCCCAGCCUGUCCCCAAAGGGUGGAGACAGAUUGCUCCUGGUUUCUGCUGUUGUUACGAAUUACUCAGUGCCCACGCCUGGUUUGGAGUCUGUGUGGUGCGACAUUAGGACAGUGAGCUCGGAGAGGGGUUGCUGGGCCAGAGGGCAGACACAUCUCUGGUCUGGGGAAAUGGUGACAAGUCCCCCUCACGGGAGGCCCUAUUUUCCGUCCCACCACUGGUACGAGCACCAGCCCAGCACAGAGUGUUGUCACCCAGCGUUGUCACGUGGGUGAGCCAGCGUGCGUGGUGGGGCUGCAGUGUGCGUGUCUCUGGUCUGGACACGAGACUCUGGGCUUUUGUGCCUGGUGGUUUUGGCAUUUCUUUUCCAGUAAGCUCUGUCCUGUCUUUUGCUCACUGUCUAGUGGACUUUGAGCUUCACCAGUAUUUGGGUGUCUUCUCUAUAACAGAAGAUUUGGAUAGUGGCUCCCACGGGCCAGCUGGCUUUCGUUCCACUCGUGAUUUUUGUCGUGAGGAAGUUUUUUGUUUGUUUGUUCUUUGUGGUCAAAUUUAUCAACAUAUUCAUUUGUUGCUUUGGGAUUUUAAGCCGCAACUAGAAAGGCUACUACUUGAUUUUGGCUCAGGUCAUGAUCUCCCGGUUUGCGGGAUUGAGCCUCAGUGCAGAGCCCACUUGGGAUUCUCUGUCUCCCUCUCUCUGCCCCUCCCCUGCUCUCUCUCACUCACUGUCUCAAAAUAAAUAAACGUUAAAAAAGAAAAAGAAAGACGACUACUUGUGUGUCCAGUGGGAGUUUAUCCUGGAGCAUAAGGAACUCCCCUUUCCUCUUCGGGGCUUCAAACACCCAUCGUUUUCCUCGGUCAUCUGAGAUGCUGCCCGUAUCACACGUUAAGCUUCUGUCUGUGUCUGCACCUGUCGUUCUCCUACAUCUGCUGUCUGGUGCCGCCCUGUCCUGAUUAUGGAAGCUUUCGAACAGGCUUCGCCAGCUGGCGGGCUGGAUGCCCAGUUCCUGAUCACUCUGCUCUUCAGGGUUACCUCACUUUUGUUGCGUGUUUUUUAUGUAAGUUUUAGAAUCAACUUCCCUGGCUCCAGGAAACAGUGUUGUUGUUUUUUUUUCAAAUGGGGCUUGUGGCUAAACUUCUACAUUAGCUUGAGGAGAGGUGUUUCUGUUCCCUCCCUCCCUCCCUCUCUCUCAACAGUGACACAGUAUGGAGCUGGGGGUUUUGUGUUAUCACGUGGUUGCUUUGUGUCUCUGCCGAAGGAUGCCUGUGCCUGGGAGGGCUGGGUGCUCACUGGACCCUUUGCUCACCAAGGCUCCCCCAUGCCCCCAUCACCCCCUCUGACCCCAGGCACUCCUCAGCCCCCUUCCCUCCAACAGCUGCCAGCCUGAGCUCCAAGAGAAUCUGCUGAUGGUGUCUGUGCACCGGUGCCCAGGGGCCCCGUCUCCGGCUCAGAGCCCUCGUAACCGGUCACUUCACCCCAUAUGGACACCCUCUGUGUCACCGGCUCUAUUGGUGGUGGUUACAGGAUGUGGGAGACUUGACUGUGAGCCCCCGGGCUACCCACAGGGCUCCGCUGCUUGUGAGCCAUUUUUAUGGCAUAACCCAGGAUGACAACUUACAGAAUUGAUUUCUUUGACUCCCACUCACGAGACAGAGUGAUUACUGCUCAGGUUCCUGAAAUCAGCAGAAGUGUACGUACCUGAAAACCUGAAGUCGA